AUGUCUGCCAGCGAAAGCAACAUUCCCAUGAGGGAGGUGUCUACCGCUACACCCCCAGUCACCGUCCCUCCCGCGUCGGCUACAGAGGCCGUCCCCAUCUCCCCUCAAGCCCCUUCUGCCUACCCCCAGCCCAACUUUCAGUCCGACUCCCAGCCAAGCUCAGCACCGACCGCCCACCCUCUCCUCCACGAACCCAGCCCAGGGCAGCCCCCGAAACACAACCUCCACCCACCCAAACUCAUUUCCACCCACCUCCUCGCCCAUCCCGACCACUCUGCCUCCAAAGCCAUCCGCAAAGUCUUUCCCCAGCCUAAUCCGCUGAUGAGGCUGCUGAGACGGUUCAAGGUCAAGCAUAGCGUGAUUGAUGGGUUGACGGAAAAGGAGGAAUCUAGGUGGGAAGCUCAAGGACAUGAGCUGAGGCAGCGGGCGGGGUGGAAGCUGGAAGGGGAGGAGGGAGAUGGGGCUGUCGUCUCUGAAUUGUUCUGGAAGAUGUAUCUAUCACUAUUACCAACGCUCGAGCGCGAUCCCCUCUCCGGCCUCGUCCCUCCCGACCUCUUGGGCUCCACCACCACCAUGCCCCUCUCCAUCAUCUCCCUCAUCCCCGACAUCAUGCAACACUACCGAGACGUCAUCGUUCGUGCUGAGAAGGAGGUGUUUUUGGCUACAAACUACUGGCAACCGUCCAAUUCUGUCAACACCAUCACCCAAGCGCUGCUUGACUUGUCGGCGACAAUCAUCAAGGAGAAAAAGCCCAUCAUUACCGUCAAGGUGAUGUAUGACAGAGGAUCGUGGGAGCAGCUGUGGAAUGCCCAUGCAUUCGUACCUCCGAGCGGGUGGACACCACUCGACUUGCCGGCCAAGGAUGCUAUCCCAGGCCUCAACAUGGAAGUCAUCAACUUUCACAAAGUCCUCCUGGGCACAUUCCACGCCAAAUUCCUCAUCGUUGACCGCAAAGUCGCCCUCAUCAACUCGAACAACAUCCAAGACCGGCCCAACCUCGAGCUCAUGUCGCAUUUCGAAGGGCCCAUCGUCGAUGCGUUCUACGAGAUUGCCCUGCAUUCUUGGUACAACAAGUUGACUCCGCCGUUGCCUUGUAUGGGAACGCCGUAUGCGCCCCCAAGGGAUGCGGAGGGGAAUAUCCAGUACUUGUUCCAGGACCAUAACCCGUAUUUCGACGAUAUCGAAAUCCUCAAAGCAGCUCGAGCCGCGCGCUUGCUCCUCCGCCGUCAGACAAAAGAUAAUGAAGACUCGCGGUUCGCGCACCACGAUACUGCUGGUGAACGUCUGUUUGCGGCGGUGCAGAAAGUUGUGGAUCAGCAGAGACAGCGAGCGGCGGAAUGGAAACCGGCGGAAGAGCUGGAGGCGAGGGCGCAGACGGCUAUGAAGGAGUUGAGAGAGUUUAAGGAUAGGUGGGGACUGGGAAUGCAGGGCAGGAUGGGGUCCAGUAGUCGGGUAGGGUCUAGGGGUCCUAGUCGAAGGCCGAGCCGGGAGAGGCACCGGGAUGAAGAAAAGCACAGGACGCUUCUAGCGCCUUCCGAGGGAACCUCUUCUCCGACCAUCACCGUCGAGCUCCCACCCAAAUCCAAAACCUACCCCCAGCCUGGCGAUACCCUCGCCGACGACGCCUGGGCUUCCCGCAUGAUCGCGGACGGGCCCCAGCGGCGAGACACGUUCGACUCGGAAGGUAUCUCGCGCCAUAGUCUCGAACAUGAGCACGGCGAGGGCAGGGCAAAGCACCAUGUGGCGUUUGCGCAUGAGGAUGGGCCGAUGUAUGGUGUGAGGGGCUUGACGGAAUCGCCGAACGCGUCGACUCUGAAUAUCACAGAGGAGAAUGCGCCGGGAAAGGCUGUGGCGAAUGAGAGCGGGACGAUCCCGGGGGAGGAUGUGACGCUGCAAGGUAGGGGCAGAGGGAGGACGCUGGAACGUACGGCCGACCAGCCGACGGAUGCCGAGAUACUCGCUGCGGUAUCGGCUGGUCAUGGCCUCAAGCCGGCGCCUACCAAUAGCAGGGAAGAGACUCUACCGCUCUCGGCGCAGAUGCCAGAUGAGAUGGCUGCGGGGUACGAGACGGCCAAGAAGAGUGUGGCGCUGGAUAUCCCCGAGGGGAAAAAGUCGUCGACGGACGAGACGCAGCCAGAGGGGACGGGGAGUAAGAGAAUGUUUCAAUUGUCGCAAAGGUUUAAUGCUGGAGCAUUGUCGGAAGCUUGGGCGACGGUGGAAGAUUCAGACGACCUUGAUAAUUAUAGGCCUCAUGUCGUACAUGCCCCGCAUGAGCCUUUCCCUAUCGCCAUGUGCUGUCGAAAGCCCCACGGAUUCCCCGGUCACCACGACAUUCGCAAUCCCCAGAACGCCGCCUGGCUCGCCGGCUUCCGGUACGCGAAAAAGAAGGUCUUUAUUCAGACCCCCACCCUCAACGCCCGCCCCAUCGUGCGUGCCGUCAAGCAAGCCUGUCGCCGGGGCGUCGACGUCUAUCUCCUCGUCGACCUCGGGUUCAACGAUAAAGGAGAAUCGAUCCCGUUCCAGGGAGGCACCAAUGAAGAGGUGGUGGACAGGUUGUUCAAGAAGCUAAAGGCGGAGAAGAAGGAGCAGUAUUUGAAGGUGUAUUGGUAUACGGGCAAGGACCAGGUGAGACCGCUGAAUGCGGUGGUGAAGCAGCGAAAUUGUCAUAUCAAGUUUGCGGCGUUUGACGAUGAGGUGUUGAUUAUCGGCAAUGGAAACCAGGAUUCACAAUCAUGGUUCCAUUCUCAAGAAGUCAAUGUCAUGCUCGACUCUCGACAAAUCGUCGCCGAGAUGAUGGACACUUUGGUCUCCAACCAAAACACCAUGAAGUAUGGCGCCGUCGAGUCUGACGGUGUGUGGCGGGAUGAAGAAGGGCAUACGUUGGAGCACUAUGGUGCGACCGCGAAGGGCCAGUUCCGAGGACUGUCUGGGUUCAUUGCGUUUGCAAAGACCAUCUGA